AUGCUAGAAAGAUUUUUAAAAUUAGCUCCAUAUGUCGCACAAAUUACAAUUAGUGAUGCGAAUGCUCCCGUCAUUGUAUCAGCGGCUGAAGUUGAAACAAUUAGAGAAUUAUCUAAUUUACUGCAGCCGCUGGAGUAUAUAACUAGAGAAUUAUCCGGUGAAUACUAUAUUACGGUGUCGAAGGUUAUACCUCUAAUUAAUUGCCUUCUUGCACAACUGCGCGCGAUACAACCAAAAUCGCGCCUUUGUGUCAAAUUAAAACAAGCUUUAAUUGACACUGCAAGCAAGCGGUUUUUGAAUUUGGAAGAAAAUUUACCAAUGGCUAUAGCCACACUGUUAGAUCCUCGCUUUAAGAAUUUCCAUUUUAAAAACGCCAAUGCUGCCUCAAAUGCAAUGAAUGCGCUGAGAAAUCAAAUUUGUUUGGACAACUCUACAACAAGUUUAGAUAUUGAUGUCACGCCAGACAGUUUCGACUUUUGGCAGUUACACAAAAAAAUAGCAUCAGAGAAAAAAAAAGGAAAUAAAAGGCGUGAUGAAAUAGAUUUAUAUCUAAAUAAUCCAGUCACGCCUUUAACAAGCAACCCAAUAGAAUCUUGGGAAGACAUGAAGGAAAUUUUCCCCGAUUUGUAUAAUAAAUUUAGAGAAUACGCCACCAUUAUUGCUACGUCUGUACCAGCCGAAAGAUUAUUUUUCGAAGCUGGUACUAUAAUGACAGAAAGGCGAAACCGAUUAAAACCAGAAAAUUUAAAUAUGCUGUUAUUUUUAGCAGGACGACCGGAAGAGGAAUGGUUUCACUAA